GGCUAGAGGGAGAUCCGGGGCGCGCAGGGCUGGAGCAGCGACCCGGGGCCCCUGUUCUGGGAGCGGGAAGUCGGAAGAGGGUUUGUAGCCGGUGCCCGCAGGCCUGGGCGCUACUCGAGCGAGAGAAGGGAACGAGGGCUCGCCCGGCGCUCAGCUGCCUCCCCGGCACUCACUCUCCGGACUCCAAGGUCUGCAAGGCUGCUGCUCCUCCCAUCCCGGCCCGCCUCCUCGCUCUUUCCAUAGCUCUCCCGAGCUGCUGUGCUAACCCUGCGGUGCGUCCCGGCGAGUGCGGGCCGAGGGGCCCCGCGCCAGGGCUGAGCAGAGGACAGAGGCGUCCCGGGCAGAGCACAGCCGGCCGGGGAGUGGCCAUGUGUGGCAAGGCCGCGGCGAAACUAGUCUCCAGCAAGUGAUCUCGCGUCGUGGGCCGCUGCCCUGCCCCCUCUGCUGCCACCUGGGGCGGCGCGGGCCCCGGUGCCCCGGAUCGCGCGUAGAGCCGGCGAGAUGCACGUGCGCUCGCUGCGCGCCACGGCGCCACACAGCUUCGUGGCUCUCUGGGCGCCUCUGUUCUUGCUGCGCUCUGCCCUAGCCGACUUCAGCCUGGACAACGAGGUGCACUCGAGCUUCAUCCACCGGCGCCUCCGCAGCCAGGAGCGGCGGGAGAUGCAGAGGGAGAUCCUGUCCAUCUUGGGCUUGCCCCAUCGCCCGCGCCCGCACCUCCAGGGAAAGCAUAACUCGGCGCCCAUGUUCAUGUUGGACCUGUACAACGCCAUGGCGGUGGAGGAGAGCGGGCCCGACGGCCAGGGCUUCUCCUACCCCUACAAGGCCGUCUUCAGUACCCAGGGUCCCCCUUUAGCCAGCCUGCAGGACAGCCACUUUCUCACCGACGCCGACAUGGUCAUGAGCUUCGUCAACCUCGUGGAACAUGACAAGGAAUUCUUCCACCCCCGCUACCACCAUCGAGAGUUCCGGUUUGAUCUUUCCAAGAUACCCGAGGGGGAAGCAGUGACUGCGGCUGAAUUCCGGAUCUAUAAGGACUACAUCCGGGAGCGAUUUGACAACGAGACCUUCCAGAUCAGAGUCUACCAGGUGCUCCAGGAGCACUCAGGCAGGGAGUCGGACCUCUUCUUGCUGGACAGCCGUACCCUCUGGGCUUCUGAGGAGGGCUGGCUGGUGUUUGACAUCACAGCCACCAGCAACCACUGGGUGGUCAACCCACGGCACAACCUGGGCCUGCAGCUCUCCGUGGAGACCCUGGAUGGGCAGAGCAUCAACCCCAAGUUGGCGGGCCUGAUUGGGCGGCAUGGACCCCAGAACAAGCAACCCUUCAUGGUGGCCUUCUUCAAGGCCACAGAGGUCCAUCUACGUAGCAUCCGGUCCACUGGGGGCAAGCAGCGCAGCCAGAAUCGCUCCAAGACGCCCAAGAACCAAGAGGCACUGAGGAUGGCCAGUGUGGCAGAGAACAGCAGCAGUGACCAGAGGCAAGCCUGUAAGAAACAUGAGCUGUAUGUCAGCUUCCGAGACCUCGGCUGGCAGGACUGGAUCAUCGCACCUGAAGGCUAUGCUGCCUACUACUGUGAGGGGGAGUGUGCCUUCCCUCUGAACUCCUACAUGAAUGCCACCAACCACGCCAUUGUCCAGACACUGGUUCACUUCAUCAACCCGGACACGGUACCUAAGCCUUGCUGUGCACCCACUCAGCUCAACGCUAUAUCUGUCCUCUACUUUGACGACAGCUCCAAUGUCAUCCUGAAGAAGUACAGAAACAUGGUGGUCCGGGCCUGUGGCUGCCACUAGCCUCUUCUGAGAGCCUGACCCUUUGGGGCCACAUUGUUCCAGAUCUGUGGUGUCUCACCGUUAGUCUCUCACUGCCCACCUUGGCGAGAAGCGAACAGAUCAGCCACCUCUCCUGAGCCUUCCCCUCACCUCCCCACCUGGAAAUACGUAAGGCAUGAGAAGCCUGAGCGCCCAGUGGCUGGCAAGCAGGCUUUAAUUCUGGCACAUUAUGGACAAGAUCCUACAAGCUGCCACAGGCAACAUUCAGCAGGAAAAAUACCUUCCAAGAAUGAGACUGCUGGCCACAUGGUCCCUGUGGCGCUCUGAGUCCUUGAGGGCUAAUUGGGAGUGUCCUUCAGCCAGGCCAUCCGCUGCAGCAGGAGGAAAGGCGCAGCCAGUGUGGGCGCUUACGUCUGUGCUGAAGAAGAACCAGGCAGAAGUCCCUGUAACAACAUGUCACAAUAAAACCCAUGAAUGAAAAUGGUUAGGAUGUUACAGAUAUAUUUUCCUAAACAAUUUAUCCCCGUUCCUUGGUUUAUUCUGACUUCAUAAACAGAAGCUGGGGCCUGUGGAGGCUGGGAAGGCCCCCUCCUUUUCAUCUGGUUUCCUUCUGAGGCUGCAGGGCCCAGUGUUUACCCAGAACUGCCCAAAUCCACCGUGUAGGGAGGGGAAGGAGGGAUGUCUGCUUAGAAGAGACCAGGGAGUACUGGCCUCAAAGGAGGUAUGCUGGGGUGGAGCAGGAGGGAGGGACACACCCCCACCCCCACACACACACGUGAAACACACACAGACUUUGGAAUGGCUCUGCCAGCCCCUCGGCCCCAAUUCCUGCCCUGUGCUAGGAAAUAAUGAGGAAAUUCAAAGUAAACAAAGACAGAGGGUAGGACAGAGUUUUCACUCCACCCCUAUGUGAGGAAGCACCGGAUGCCCAAAGCCCACGGGUGCAGGUAUUCGGGGCAGUGUCCUAUAAAUAAGGCCUUUCUGGCCACACACCAUAUGGCUGCCGUUCCUCACUCUCAACCCCUAUCAGAAGGCCCUGCAACAAAUUGGUUCCUCAGUUUGAGGGAGACUGGGUUCAGGGUUGUACUGGACUUAGAAGGACUUAGAGGCACCCUUCUAACCACGCUUCCUGCCUCAGGUGGCAUUUCUGUCAUGGCUCAAGCGAGCCCACUCUACCUGGGUCUCUGGUGCCCUAACCAUCAUGCACCAGCUCCUAGCUUCAAAUGCAAGGCUGUGGUGAGGGCUGGACUGUCUGCCAAUGUUUCCUGCAUCCACACAAAGAAUGGGGUUAGCCAGGUGGGACCCAUGGCCCUGUAGUGUCUGGUCACGUGGGGAACCAGUUCUCUCUGUCUGUGAUCCUGGAAACACUGGGUUCUCUUCUGUUAUUAUUAUUGUUUAAAAGUUUUCUUCUUCAGUAGCUUGGGCUGCAGCCUCCACUCUGCCUGGUCAAUGGAGGGAAGAACAUUUCUUCUUGUAAUUUGUUUUGUGUGUUGGCAGAUCUGGGGCUUUUUGUGUGACUCCCUCAUGGUACACAUUUUACUACUCAUGGCCCUAGUCCGCCCGCAGUCAGUGUCUUUUGUACAUUUAAAUGUGUAAAUAAUUAUGACAAGACAAAGAAAUUAUUUAUUUCCAUCUGAAGUUCUUCAGGCUCCUCAUGGAGGACAAUGGGGUCACUUUCCUUCAAUCUGUUUGUUUUCUUAUUUAAGACUAUUUAUUAACAGUCGGACCGAUGUACCCAUAGCUGUUGAAUAAAGUGGUCCUUAGUGGAAAAUCUGUAUAAAUAGAGUAAAAGGGGGUUUGACUUUGCAAUAAAAGGAGACGUUUGGUUCUGGUUGUCA